UGUGUCCCCAGUCUCUGGUCAUCCCUGUGCUGUGUCUCCAGUCUCUGGUCAUCCCUGUGCUGUGUCCCCAGUCUCUGGUCAUCCCUGUGCUGUGUCCCCAGUCUCUGGUCAUCCCUGUGCUGUGUCCCCAGUCUCUGGUCAUCCCUGUGCUGUGUCCCCAGUCUCUGGUCAUCCCUGUGCUGUGUCCCCAGUCUCUGUCAUCUCCUGUGCUGUGUCCCCAGUCUCUGGUCAUCCCUGUGCUGUGUCCCCAGUCUCUGGUCAUCCCUGUGCUGUGUCCCCAGUCUCUGGUCAUCCCUGUGCUGUGUCCCCAGUCUCUGGUCAUCCCUGUGCUGUGUCCCCAGUCUCUGGUCAUCCCUGUGCUGUGUCCCCAGUCUCUGGUCAUCCCUGUGCUGUGUCCCCAGUCUCUGGUCAUCCCUGUGCUGUGUCCCCAGUCUCUGGUCAUCCCUGUGCUGUGUCCCCAGUCUCUGGUCAUCCCUGUGCUGUGUCCCCAGUCUCUGGUCAUCCCUGUGCUGUGUCCCCAGUCUCUGGUCAUCCCUGUGCUGUGUCCCCAGUCUCUGGUCAUCCCUGUGCUGUGUCCCCAGUCUCUGGUCAUCCCUGUGCUGUGUCUCCAGUCUCUGGUCAUCCCUGUGCUGUGUCCCCAGUCUCUGGUCAUCCCUGUGCUGUGUCCCCAGUCUCUGGUCAUCUCCUGUGCUGUGUCCCCAGUCUCUGGUCAUCUCCUGUGCUGUGUCCCCAGUCUCUGGUCAUCUCCUGUGCUGUGUCCCCAGUCUCUGGUCAUCUCCUGUGCUGUGUCCCCAGUCUCUGGUCAUCUCCUGUGCUGUGUCCCCAGUCUCUGGUCAUCUCCUGUGCUGUGUCCCCAGUCUCUGGUCAUCUCCUGUGCUGUGUCCGCAGUCUCUGGUCAUCCCUGUACUGUGUCCGCAGUCUCUGGUCAUCCCUGUACUGUGUCCGCAGUCUCUGGUCAUCCCUGUACUGUGUCCGCAGUCUCUGGUCAUCCCUGUACUGUGUCCGCAGUCUCUGGUCAUCCCUGUGCUGUGUUUGCAGUCUCUGGUCAUCCCUGUGCUGUGUCCGCAGUCUCUGGUCAUCCCUGUGCUGUGUCCGCAGUCUCUGGUCAUCCCUGUGCUGUGCCCGCAGUCUCUGGUCAUCCCUGUACUGUGUCCGCAGUCUCUGGUCAUCCCUGUACUGUGUCCGCAGUCUCUGGUCAUCCCUGUACUGUGUCCGCAGUCUCUGGUCAUCCCUGUACUGUGUCCGCAGUCUCUGGUCAUCCCUGUACUGUGUCCGCAGUCUCUGGUCAUCCCUGUACUGUCCGCAGUUCUGGUCAUCCCUGUACUGUGUCCACAGUCUCUGGUCAUCCCUGUACUGUGUCCGCAGUCUCUGGUCAUCCCUGUACUGUGUCCGCAGUCUCUGGUCAUCCCUGUACUGUUAAUUAGUUUGCACUACUGUACGAGUUGUUUUUUCUAA